UGUAUUUUCGACUCUUCUUAAUCAAGAAUUGGAUGGCUGAACCGAAUCCGAGGCCAAAUACGGAGGCGGAGUUGAAUAGUUGGUUGCCUAUAACCGCGUCCCGUAAAGCGAAAUGGUGGUAUUCUGCUUUUCAUUGCGUCACUGCUAUGGUUGGCGCUGGCGUGCUCGGUUUGCCACUAGUCUUGGCUCGGCUCGGCUGGAUACCUGGAAUCCUGGCUAUACUUGUUGCAUGGUUAGUAACAUGGUACACAGUUUGGCUAUUGAUUCAACUCCACGAAUCAGAGACGGGUAAACGUUUCGAUCGGUUCACCGAGCUCGGGCAACAUGCCUUUGGAGAAUACCUAGGAUUCUGGCUGGUAAUGCCGCAACAAUUGAUAGUCCAAGUUGGAUCCAACAUCGUAUACAUGGUCACCGGAGGGAAAUCGCUCCAAAAAUGCUUAGCUCUCAUCACGCCAAAAGCUGAUUUGCGAAACACUUAUUACAUCUUGAUAUUUGCUGCCGUUCAAUUGGUACUUUCUCAAUCUCCCAACUUCAAUUCCUUGAAGAUCGUCUCUCUUCUCGCGGCCGUCAUGUCGAUAAGCUACUCUUUCAUAGCCACGGGUGCAUCUCUAUGGAAAGGCUUCACGGGGCACCACGUAGUUAACUAUGGUUUUCGAUCGACGACGACAAUCAACAUCAUUUUUGACAUCUUCAGUAGCUUAGGAGUGCUAUCAUUCGCCUUUGCUGGUCACAGUGUGGCAUUGGAAAUUCAGGCGACAAUCCCUUCAACACACACAAAGCCGUCGAAAAAUCCAAUGACUAAGGGUGUCACCGUGGCUUAUCUUAUCGUGGCGUUGUGCUAUUUUCCCGUCGCAAUAUCAGGGUAUUGGGCAUUCGGAAAUGAAGUCGAGGAUGAUGUACUUCUUUCUUUGGAACACCCGAAAUGGCUCAUUAGUGCUGCUAAUUUCAUGGUGUUCAUUCAUGUUAUUGGAAGCUAUCAGGUAUUCGGUAUGCCUAUUUUUGACAAAAUUGAAUCUGCGUUAGUCACAAAGUGGCAUUUCAACCCGGGAAGACCUCUUCGCCUCGUCGCACGCAGUGCAUAUGUUGUGUUCACCGCAUUUAUGGCACUGAUCCUUCCAUUCUUUGGAGGAUUAUUGGGAUUUUUUGGAGGGCUAGCAUUUUCAAGCACAUCUUAUAUUAUUCCUUGUGCUGUUUGGCUUAAAACCCAAAAACCUAAAGCAUGGAGCAUCCACUGGAUUUUAUGUUGGACUUCACUGCUAAUUGGAUUUACUAUCAUGACGGUGGCACCAAUUGGAGGAGCUCACGAGAUCAUCGUUUCAUGGAAGAGUUACAAACUUUUCCAAUAAUAAUUUGGUCAUUUUAUUUUUUCUAUAAAUGAUCCAUUGGCAUAGCAUUUCUUUUUUUCUUGAAAUGCUAUCCAUUUUAGUAGUUUUUAUCUAGCAA